GGAAUAACAACUGAGGAGUCAUUUUAAUUAGCCGGGUGAAAGUUUUUUUUUUUUUUCGCUUUUUAACCUGUGCCUGAAAAAAAUUGUUUACAGCACAUGGACGAAAAAAGAUCUGCGGAAAAGCAAAUAGUAAAAGAAGGGCUGCGGCGGACUUGAUUCAUUUUAAACAAAGAGUAAUCCCAAUCUUUUUUUAUUUCCAUUUUCCUUUUUUCUUUUUCCUUUUUAUUUUUUAGUACUCAAUUUUUGAAUGGAUGUUUAUUCCCUGACUCGUAAGAAAAGACCUUCGCACCUUACCCUUGCACAACCCUCCCGUGCACAAUCCGAUAAUGACUCGGCUCUUGAUGUUUCAUUAUCGAAAAACAUAUCAAAAACCACUUCUCGGUCACCUUCGAGUUACAUUUUUGACGAAGUAACCGGUUCACCUUCUAGAGAUCACUGGAAGCAAGAUGCCGAUUCCAACCACUGUGGUUUACCAAGCUGUACCACGAGUUUUGGAUUAUUUGAAAGAAGACAUCAUUGUCGUAAAUGUGGAGAUAUUUUCUGUGCAAUUCAUUGUUCAAAUUACUUUAGACUUGAUCAAUUUGCACAAUAUCAUCCAGGAGGCAUAUUAUCCAGAGGAUGCGAUAGCUGUGCAGCAGAUUACAUACAAUGGCAAGAGGAGCUGCGGCAAAUGGGAAAAGAAAAUGCAUCAAGGAGGACAAGUCUUGCUGAUAACAAAUCGACACUAAAGAAAAGACAUGCUGGUAUCAUGACUCAACAACCUCAAGCAAUGGAAGGUGUAACUGAACUUGGCCGAGAUGAUAUUGUUGCUCCCACAUCUAAACCCACUCCAUCAAAGGGCUUAACUAUCAACAAGCCCAGUAAGAAAGAUCAAGCGGCCUUUAAUCCAGUUCCUUCUGUUCCUGCUGAUUGGCAAUGGUCUACAUUCUAGGCCUUCCUUUUUUUUUUUUUUUAAUAUUCUUGUAAAAACAACACAACAUUUUCAUAAAGCAAUCCUUCUCUUAGUAACUUUUUUUAUUCUUCACUCCUUCAAAAUUCCUAUGCCUGCUUAUCUGCAAUAGGAUUCGCAUGAAUUGUGAUUGAUUUAAUACGAAGUUCUUGAAGUGGUCUAUUUUUUUCAUCAAUUGGAAUCUUUUCGAAAGCAUCCAAAGUCGUGUCAGCUCCAUCAAUUACCCUAUUAUCAUGAUGAUGCAAAAUGUGUUAAAUACCAUCAUUUACCCCCCCCCCCUUUUUUUUUAAUUCUAUAAACCUACUUUCCAAAUACCGUAUAUUUUG